CAACAUGUUGGCAGAGUCUGAGGGUUCCCAGCACCUAGAUUUCCAGGAGCACAGCAAAGGUGACAGACCUCCCAGAUCUCCAGGUGUUGAUCCCAAGCAGCUAGCGGCCGAGCUGCAGAAAGUGUCACAGCAGCAGGCUCCACUGUCCACCUCCUCCUCCAGCCUGCCUGCCACCACUUCAGCAACUUCCAGCCCCGGUCAGCCAGGAUCCCCCUCAGUCAGCAAGAAACGUCACAGCAGCAAGAUUGCAGAGGGAACAAAGAGCCAAUCCCACCCUGUAUCCGGAGAGAUACAGCUUCAAAUCCACUAUGACAAGCAGCUUGGCAACUUGAUAGUUCACGUCCUGCAGGCCAGAAACCUUGCCCCGCGGGAUAACAAUGGCUACUCCGAUCCAUUCGUUAAAGUGUAUCUCCUGCCAGGGAGAGGUCAGGUCAUGGUUGUCCAGAAUGCCAGUGCCGAAAACAAGAGGAAGACCAAACACGCAGGCAAAACUAUCAACCCUGAGUGGAACCAAACUGUCAUCUAUAAGAACAUCCACCUGGAACAGCUUAAGAAGAAGACUUUGGAGGUGAGCGUGUGGGACUAUGACAAGGGCUCCUCUAAUGAUUUCUUGGGGGAGGUCCUUAUUGAUCUGUCCAACACUGCCCAGCUGGACAACAUCCCGCGGUGGCUCCCUCUCAAGGAGCAGAGCGAGGGGGACCACCACAGACGCUCGCACUCAGGCCAGGGUCGUCACAGUUCUUCUAAACCCUCCUCACAGCACUCCUCCCCUAAAACCACUGGCUCCUCGCAUGAUAAUCAGGAUUCCCCAAAAUCAUCUGUCAUCAAGAGUCGAAGCCAUGGGAUCUUUCCAGAUCCGGCCAAGGCUCGGUCAACCUACAAAUCAGGAGAUGCCCCGGUCACAGCAGCCUCGUUAGAUAGUGGCUUGAGCGGCAGCGCCUACAGCCUACUGGACGAGGAAGCAGAGGCAAACGAGGUGGACAGUGCUAUCUUCCAAGUGCCCAGAUUUGGAAAGAUCCCAAAUGGCACAGAUGUGAUAAAAUCAUCACUGGGACACAGUGACACUGAAGGUAAGACUCAGGUAAUGGGAGAGAUAAAGAUCGCUUUGAAGAAGGAAAUGAAGACGGAAGGUGAACACCUGGUCCUUGAGAUUCUUCAGUGUCGUAACAUCACCUACAAGUUCAAGACUCCAGAUCACCUGCCUGAUCUUUAUGUGAAGCUCUACGUGGUGAAUAUCGCCACCCAGAAAAGGAUCAUCAAGAAGAAGACCAGGGUUUGUCGCCACGACCGUGAGCCGUCCUUUAAUGAGACCUUCCGCUUCUGCAUGAACCCCACCGGACACGCGCUACAGCUAUUCCUGGUGUCCAACGGUGGCAAAUUUGUGAAGAAGACCUUAAUAGGCGAGGCCUACGUGUGGCUGGAUAAAGUUGAUUUACGCAAGCGAGUGGUGAGCUGGCACAAGCUGCUUGCCAGCACUGCCCAGAUCCACUCAUAGGAGGGGACUCAACCUAAAAGAAAUAAGCUUAAGCGGAAAACAGGUUUCUGACAUCUGGGUUCCACAUCUGGAACGCUGAUCCAGUCUUCUGGAAGGUCUGGGCACGGGAAGAGGGGGGAUUUUUUUCUUCAACCUUUGUUUCAGGGCUCGCAUAGCUUGCUAUUUGGAAAAAUGCUUUCAGCAAAUGAUGAUAUCUGCUCUGAUUAUGUGAAAAACUUGGAGAAAACCAUUAUGUGUUUACAGGGAAUAAACACAUGUUUACAGGGCAUACAGUGUACAGCGGUGUAGCCAGGACUUAGAAGAAGAACACAGGUGCUGAGUUCAGAGGUCAAGUGCAGAAUCAACCAGGUAUUACACACUUUAUCUCACACACACACACACGCUCACGACAUUGCACACAGUCAUUCACACAGAACUUCAAAUCUAAUAGAUACAGGGAAUGGACACACUUAUAGAUUCGAAUUGAUUUAUUUUGACGUUUUAUCCAUUAAAUGUUCUUUAAAUGGGGCGCUCACCCUCGCUUUAUUAUUGUAUUGAUUUACAAAGCGUUUUGGGAAUGAAAUAGUAAAGACUCUGCUAUAGAGACCUCUUAUUUAUUUUUGUAUUAUGAUAUUAGCGUAGAGUUCUAUGAUUUGUCUUCUCCUCAAUUAUUUAAGUACUUUAACAAUCUAUUCUGGGAAGGAAGUAUAUUUUAUAAUACACUACCUAGCAUUCCAGUUCAAUACAAAAAAAAAAAAUAUUGCAAGCAUGUUUUUGACUUUAUUAACAAAAACUACUUGUUCCCUACCCUUUUAAUCUGAUUUUUCCCUGAUGUUAUCCAAUGAUGACUAUUGUUUGAUAUAGCAUCAAUAUUAAUAUAUAUCAAAUUGGACAUUACAUGUUGUGCGCAUGAGUCUAUCUAUUUGGUAUGGAGUGCCACAUGUUCAACAACAAAAAAAAAAAAAACACCUCCAAGGUUCACUUUGUAUAUAGUGAAGUGUCAUAGCUGGACAUUAUUCUACAUAUAUAGAUAUAGAUAUAUAGAUAUAUAUAGAUAUCUUUAUCACAGACAAUCAAGUCUUGAUGAUUGUGGCAUAGAGGUUUUAUUUAUUCAUGACGCCCCUUAGAAUGUGAGACGUUUACUAUAUGAGAGUUAAGCAUUUCCUCUUUUUCCUUGUAAGAUUGGAGCACAUUAGAAGUCUUGCAUCAGUCUUGCUUUCGUUCGUAAGGGCAGUCAACUCGACGACACUCGCUUUUGUAGUAUUUUGCACUUUUUCUGCUUAGAAUGUAAAACUAACAUCAUCAUCCUGCUAAAUUAUUAUUUUUUCACUGGGAAAGUGAGAAACUAUAGACCAGGAACUACCAAGAGUUACAAUCCUAAGACGCGAUGCUGUAACAGUAGCAUGAUGAUGUUUCGUCCCACCUCCACGCGCACUUCAUUAAACGCCUAUUAUGCCCAUUAUUUCAUGAGAAAGGUCCCGUUUGCUGCGUACAGGUGUCAAAAGACUGGAAGGCUGAUUCAUUUAACAUUUUCAGUGAAAUAUCCGACUGAUUUCUAUGCAACAUCUACUAUAUAGCGUAAAUAACUGCACCCUGACUUGCCAGAAAUAUGACACUUGGUUUCAGAGGAAGCAUUUCUGUUUAUUUUGCACUGCUGUGUUUUCAUGUCCUCCACGAAAUGGUUACUGCUUUAAUAUGAUUUGUUGUUUUCUGUUUGUUUGUUUUUUUUAUUUACCGUGUGAUUUUUUUGUAUUGCUAUAUGAAUCUUUAUUUAUUGCCUGUGAGACAAUUUCAUAUGUUGUAUUAUAUUUGUUUACAGUACAUAUCAGAUGUACAGAGAAAUUAGGUUUUUAUACACUAUGUAGUGCUUGUUUACAAUAUUUAGAGGGGCCUGAAACUCAGAGAACCAACUUUUUUGCCCUUGUGCACGAACACAUGCUCACAUUAAAAACGCCAAUUCCACGUAGCUAUAAAUCAAAGGAAGAAAAUCGAACAUUCCUAGUCAUGAUUCCUAUCUUUGUUUUGCACUCCCCCUUCGAUUUGUUUCAUUUUCCAGUAAGUGUAUGAAUUACCAAAAAAAAAAAAGCAACUAAAGAAAACCUUGUAAUCAGUGGACUUCACACCUCAAACGUAAGGUGCAACGUGCAUUUUCGGUUGCUUUUCUUAACUUUCUAUCCAUGUGCUCGUGUGUGUGUGUGUGUGUAGCAUCUUCACACCAAGUCCAUGCAUGUCAUUAGCUCUAAUGCAGUAUCCCUUCCUUUACAUGUUAUCUGUCUAAAUUAUCUAAAAUUUCUCAUAACACACAAUGAAUUAUACGAACACACACACACACCCAGAUGCCAUCUCUAUCUUCAACCUUGUAAAUAAAUAGUUUUUUUAUACUGGGGUUUGGGGAAGCAAUAGGUCUUUUAGCAGUCAAAACUAAACAAAAAACCAACAAAAAAAAGUCGCGUGAUCUUAGAAGUAACAGGGAGUUGUUUCUCCUUGGAUCGCUGUACAGUGGAUAGGCCGAGGGAAGAGCUUCUGUCUGUUUAUAGGGACCCAGAUUUACCCGACCCUUUACACCAAACACUAAAAGUUUACCAGAGUCUAACACAGAAGUCUAUCUUAAC